CUUGUUAAAGACAGCUGACGGCGCUGACGUUUAAUAUCAAAAUCAAAACAAUGGUGAAAAUUUUAUUCUUGAUAUGAAGUUGCAAAUAUUUACAAACACUGACUUUAAUUUUUCAAAAAUUCACCAUAAAUUAUUUUCUGUUUUAAACUAAGCUCCAACCAGUAUGUCUUGUGAAAUCAGGCUGACAGCCACUAUUGAGAAUGUACCAAGGAUAAGGAAUUGUUUAUAUCCCACAGAUGACUUAAAAGGGACAGAUUGGUGGCUGCAGACCUCAAAGAUUUCAGUGUCUCCAACAGGAGAUCUAAUAGCUCUAGCCAAUGAAAGAGCUGUAGUAAUAUUGACAUCAAAAUGGGUCUCCACACUGUCAUUGAGCCAAUUUCUAGUUAGUCAUACCUGUACGAUACAUGACUAUGAUAAAGUUCGGGCCAUCCUCUGUCUUCCAAUUGUGGGAGAAAGUCAUAGUUCUCAUGUUGGACCGGAAUGGACAUGCAUUGUUGUUGGGUAUGACUCUGGCUAUGUUCGUUUUUAUACUGAAAAAUGUGACUUGCUUAUGGAGGAGCAAUUUCACAAUGAAAACAUUACCAGUUUGAAAUGCCAAAGUCAGCAUAGUCCCAGACCUGAUAUUUCACCCGAGUUGUACCAAGAAGAACUUUAUAUCCAGUAUCAAAGCAAUGUUUGCAUCAUAAAUGGACAUCAACUAUUUGAGAAUUUAAAAACAUGUAGAAGCCAACUUGCUAGAGCUCAAGCCAAAGGAAGUCCAGCUGAAUUUAAACCAAUACCCUUAAUAGUUAAAAAAUGGGGCUUUCAAGAUCAGAGCCUUAUAAAUGAUGUAGCUGUCCUAGGACUAAAUAUAUCAAACACAUUUGAUCAUCUUUUGGCAGCCUCUUUAUGUGGAGGUUUUGAAGCCAAAUACAGGCACACUCCUCCAAAUAGUACACUUGUGUUGGCUGUUGGGUCUAAACCUUUUCUAGGAUUCCAUUAUGCCUUGGAAGGUGUAAAUCAGCCAGUGUUAAGUGAUGUUGCCAAAGCAGUGGCUAGUAAAUUAAAGUCUGCUCUGCCUGGUUGGUUAACGGGAUCUAAACAAAAUGAAAGCAAAGAAGUUACUGUAGCAAUGCAACCAAUAGACACUAUGGGCUUAAGAUUUGGCCUUAGUGAUGUUAGAAGAACCGCAACAGACAUAGUGCUCUCCCCCAAUAGAAAGUUAGCAGCCAUAUCUGAUAGUCUUGGACGAGUCUUGUUAAUAGAUUGUUUUAAAGGGAUCAUUAUUAAGAAUUUUAAAGGGUACAGAGAGGCACAGUGUGCAUUUCUACAGGUCCCCGAUGAGCGACGUUCUAAACAUCGUCAUGGCAAUAAAGUUGCAGUUUUUCUAGUGAUUUAUUCACCGAAAAAGGGCACCUUGGAGAUUUUCACAGUACAACAAGGAACUAAAAUUACAACAUUUUCGGCUUCAAAGUAUAGUAGGCUGUUGUACAUUUCACAUGGAUUGAUGGGAUUCACCACAACUUCAAAAUCACGUUACAUUUGUCAGUUUACUUGUUUGUUUUUAGACAGUGAAGGUGAUAUCAAGGAAAUCAUAGUGCCAUUUCAUUUUGCCUUAGCAGAGAAAAACAGCGUUAAAGCGAGAGAUAUUUAUUUUUACAAAAAAAUGCGACAGUUCAUAAAAACAGGUUGUCUAAGCACUGAUGCUUUGGAAAAUGAAAUCUUUAAUAUGUGUUCUGAAUUGAAAACGGUGGAGAUCAAAGUUCAAACGGUUGACAUGCUUUUGACAAGCAAAGGAGUUUCUCCUGAAAUUAUUUUAAAAUGCCUUGAUUACUUUCUCGAGCAUGGUGGUGAUGGUGUUGAAAAUGAAUCCUUAAUUAAUCUUAAAACAGUUUGCAUGAACGUUAAGGCUUUGUUAGAGCUUUAUGUAUUUGUUACAAGUAAAAACACUAAUGAAGAAAAUGGCAAUAGUGUAGAAAAUGAAGACAAUAAAACCUUACCACACUUAAGCGCAAAAGAUUUGGAGGGGUUACAAAAACUUCUGGAUUUAGCCACUUCUAGUAGUGACAGCGAUUUAAAAACUCCUCGAGUGAGAUUCUGUGACGAGGUUGCUUUUGAAGUUAACGAAUUUUUGGCAAGUUUUGAUUUUACGAAGGCAGAUAAAUUAAGUUUGAAAGAAGGACUAGAGGACCACCAGCUAUUUAAAACAUCUGAGGUCCUCUUCAAAAAAUACAUAUCAGGUGAACUUCACAACUUUGACGACUUUUCAUCAGCAAUAUUAUCCAGCAACAUCCCAAUUAAAGAUCUGUUUGAUCUGGCCAUUUGGUUUUGGGUUAAUCGCCCCCUAGAUAUCAGCCAAAACCUCAGUAAAGAUAUGAACAACUUUGCCAAAACUAUUACUAUAUUGGUAAAACUAGCCAAUAAGAAAAUCAUAGCAGAUGUAGAAAACGAUGAAAUAAUACCAUUUUGGGAAAAUAUUCGGGAAAUCUUAGCCAAUAACUCGAGACCGUUUCCUGCUUUGAUGGCCGCGAUGCUUUGCAAAAAUGUGAUUCAGAGACAGGAAAUGGAAAAUUCGGAAGAGAAUAUAGAGGUUUUGACUCAGGAAGAUGUUAGAUGGUCGUUACUGAUCGGUAAAUUGGAAGACGUUUCAACUCUAAACAUAAUCCUUUCCAGCAAGCCUACAAUAGAAAACCCAACGUUGCCAAAACUUUCCCAUCCAAAAAUCGACAUAAGUCUAAAAUACAUUUUGGAACAUGGGAAGGGUUCGGUCAGCGAACUAACUGCUCAAUGGCUUACGUCGUGCGGGGUCGAUCCUCAGUGCAUUUAUGUCAAUGACAUUAUUUAUAAAAACUCCCAAGAAGAUGCCAAUAAUGUAGCACGGAAGGACGAUUCCGAUCACUCAGAAAAGCCCCAAGAAAUCUUAGAAGGUCUCCAUUUAAAAACAAUUGAACAAGUCCAGUCUGAACCUAUGUUCAAAUACCUUAACUUACUAAAACAACAAUUUCCAUAUAGUCUAGAAGCAAGUAAUCUCCUUGCAAAUAUGUGUUGGGAAUAUGGCAUCUCAUGGCGAAAGGAGAUUACUGAAUUGGGAAACUUAAGAGCAGCCAUUAAAUGUUUGACUUCUAUCAGCGACGUUCAUAUUCAAAGAGGGCUGUUUCAGUUGUUAUGGAAUACCCAUUUAAAGAUUAUUGUCGAAAGCAGCUGUAAAUUGAUAAAUAAAGUUGGAAAACUGCCUAAGGAUAGGUUAUGCCAACAAGACACUGGAUUAAGUGAUAAACAAAUUACGGAUUUUAUCGAAAUCUGUACAGAGUUCAUGUACUCUUUCCUCGAAAUUGCUCUAAAGCCUUGCGAUCCGAAGAAACCCGAGCUGAAGUUUGAACCGAUUUGGGAAAAUGGUGGUCACCAGCCACUGGUAGAGUUAGCGAUCCAACAAAAGAGUGUGGAUUAUAAUUUGCUACAUUUACAUUAUCAAUUGUGCAUGGUUUUGCAUAUGAUUAGCAAAUGUGCAGUGAAACACUCGAAGCCUGUCAAUAAUUUAUUUGAUGCUUCCUUAACUGCUCUGCUAUUUACUGAUCUUCAAAGGCAAGUUGAUGUGAACUGGAAUAAAUCUGACAUGAAAAUACACAGCUCAAGAGAUCUAUUCUUAAAAAAAAUUAUAACCUCUAGCAUGGAAACAGUAACUUUAAAUGAAAAUGGUGAGAUUUAUUGUAGGGAUCAUGAAAAGUGGAUGGAGAAGUGUUUAUCUUUAGCUAGAAUAUGGAAUAUGGGCGUAGAUGAAUUUAGAAGGUUUCAAAUAACUCAACUUUACAUUAGUGGCUACGAUCAAGUAGCAGAAAAGCUGAUUCCAUCCAUAUCUAACACGUGUGAACUAGGAAAAGAACUGCUCAAAGUAGCUGGCAAUAGACUUUCUCAGUACUUGUCUUCGUCUCCGAAUCUUAGUGAAAAUAUAGCCGCUUUGACGCCCAUGCUAAGUAGAUAUAUUGAGACCUUGAAUGGCAGUUGGUGCUCGCCUAGUGACCUUCACAAUAUAACUAUUUUAGGAAACUUAGCUUUAACUUCAUUAGGGGAAGAGAAUAGAGAUUUGGUUGCAUAUAAGUUGGCCAGAUCACUUUUGGAAGCCUGCAAUACUUUGGAGGACAUAAACCUUAAAAACAAAGCUCCUUGAACCUUAUUUUUAUAUAUUUUUUUAUACACACAUAUGUAUAAUGAGUUUAAAAAACGAUCUUAUGGCCUAGUUCAAUUUUCAUAGGAAGUGUAAUUAUAAUAAAUUUUGGUCGAUUAAAAUUUUAAGCAUAUUUCAUAAUAGACUAUGAGAUUCAAAUAUUUUUUAAGUUACUAAAUAUAUUUAGGUAUGUGAUAUAUAUGACCUUUUGUAAUAAAGUAUGUAAUUUUUGGGACUAGAACGUGCUAAGAUAGAGUAAGUUUUAACUUAUUGUGAUACAGUUGACAAAAUAAACCAUCCCGCAUUUUUUUCAAUAAUAAGAAUGUUCAGUCUCCGUAAUAAAAUCUUUAUAGUAGGUUAAGGAUUUAACUUUUUUUGUAAAAAUGUUGCUGUUGAAAAAUAUUAAAGUUUUAUUAGAAUAUA